AUGACGAUGACCCUACAGGACAUGGCUAUGAUAAGCGGCCUUCCUAUCAAUGGACAAGCUGUUACCGGUCGUGUCAGCGUGGGUAAUUGGCGAGAACGGACUGCCGAUUUAAUUGGCGUUCAGCCCGAGGGCCCUCAGGAAGGCAAGGCCGAUACAGCGAAAGUGAGGCAUUCUUGGCUAAAACUGGUCAGAGGAAACACCAACCCGUGCCCUCAGGAUGCCAAUGACGUGGUUGUGCAGCAGUACGCGCGGGCCUAUCUUUGGUAUGUACUAACCAAGGUAGUCUUCUCAGAUGCAACCGGGAACUCAGCCCUCUGGAUGUUCUUGGAGCCACUUAAUAACUGGGAUACCCAGUAUAGCUGGGGUUCGGCCGCACUAGCAUACUUGUAUCGUCAGGUACAUUGGUUGCCUUAUGUGGAAGAUCGUGACUUUGAUCUUAAUGAGAUGUGCACGCGUGAUAGCCAUCUUUGGCGGGCGAGGUGCCCAAUGAUAUGCUUCUUCGCAGUCGAGUGGCACUUUGUAGACCGUGUGGCAAGACAAUUUGGAAAAAGACAAGGUAUUCCAAUUGAGGAGAGCAAGGAGGAAAUGCUAUCUCUGCAUCGGUUCGAUCGAAGGAACAAUCAGGAUAUAUCGGAUUGGGCAAACAAACACCGUGCGUGGAUAGAAAUUUGGAAUCAAAGAGACGCGUUAGUGCAAUCAGAGAAUAGACCUCACAAUCAGUCAGCAUAUCAGAAGUAUCAAGUGUGGUAUGCGGAUCGUUACCGGUUAAAGCUGAAGCCAGGUUGGACUCACGAGGAGUGGUCGGAGUUGGUGUCUGAAGACCCGGAGACUGCAGAAGGUUAUCAUACCUUCAACACGGCUGUGAGAGACACCAGAGGGGCUCAUGUUGACUACGCACCGAUGCAUGACGAAAUGGGCAGAGAGUUGCUUCUGUGCGUCAACGAUGCCAAUGUUGCACUGAGUCAUCCAGCUGGUGGUGCAUUAUCUGAGAGGACUCUUAGGAGCACGAUGGAGAAGUUCAAGAAGCGGUUCCAUAAGAUGGCAGCUAUGCUUUCUUGCCAUGGUGCUAAGUCCAGUGACGUGUAUGCACCAGGUAGCCGUGCCGCCAGAGCUAAUAAACGGCGUUAUGUCCAGAACGAAGAGGACAUAGAGGAGGAGGUUACACAACCGACACAAGGCAAUGCCCGCUCUAGAAAAGGCAAAGCCAUAGCUAAGACACCGGGCAAGAAAGAGGCGGAGGAGGCUAGCGAAGAGGAGGAGCAUGAGGCUAGCGAAGAGGAAGAGCAUACACUUGCAGAUAUCGUGAAGAGAGGAAGGAAGAAGUGA